ACUACCCGAGGCACCACCGGUGUGGCGGUGCCUACCCAAUGUAGCUUAGCGCGAAUAGCAGAAAGCUGGAUCUCCAUGAGAUAUCCGCGAUCAAUCUUACUAUACACUUUGUACCAAAAUCACCAUUAUUUCAUAGGAGAUAUACAUUCAGCCGGACGUUAUUUUUAA